AUGAAGGACGCCACCGACAUCAAAAAAGAAUUUCGAGUUUGUGGCCUUGUUCAACGACAGUCAUUUGAUGUGGAAGACCUCCACCCUCCGCUUCGCGAGCUGUUGGAGGCGAGUAUUGAUUUGGAUGAAUGGCACCGCAGAUACAAGGCUCUGCUUGACGAAGAAGCUGAUCUAGAAGAGGUUUGCAUUGACCCACCUGAGUGGUAUCUACCGGAGGAGACUAAAUCAAGUCUUCAUCGUUGCCUCCGUUUCAGCCUCGCACCCUCCAUCGCCGACUACAUCACGCUGCUGACGGAGUUCAUGGCAGGACUUGAAGAUUUGACAGGCUUACUUGACCACGACUACAUUGAGUCGAUCAGAAACGGAACUGCUGAAUGGGGUGAGUUGGAGCUUUUUGCAGCAUCCAGAUUGCACAGGUGCAGCAUUGAAGUGAAAACUUUGAACGACAACUGCAAAGUGAUUUCCGAGUUCACCUACACUGUUCCUGAGGCAACUGGGAAGAUAUGCCUUGCUCGACUGGGCCCUCAGUUUGCGUUGCACGUAGCAGGAAUGCGGAUAUAG